AUGAACAAAACUCAUCCCCAGAGAAAUGGUGAUGCAGCUACUUUUGGUUCAACAGAGUCCUUCUCUGGAGAAAGAGGCCACUGCCAUCCAUGUGGUGCCUGCACUGGCUGCACACAGAGACACCUCUGCAUCUCUGCCGUGGCGCUGCUCGUCCUCGCGGCCGCCGUGGCCUCGGUGGUGGCAGCCCUGGCACUCCUGCCACGGGCACCAGUGAACCGCCUCUGCACAGCCCCUAAUAACAGGACAGGCUUCUUGUGUGAUGACAGAGUGACUUGUGUCCCAGCCAGCUGGGUCUGUGACAGAGUCAGCAACUGCAGGAACGGAGAGGAUGAGCAGGAGCAGCUCUGUGGUGACUUGCCCCACAGCCUCCCAGGAUACCUGGUUUUCUACUGCAGUAACCCCAGAUCCUGGGUUUAUGCUGACCAGAGGUGUAACGGGAUGAACGAGUGCGGGGACUGCUCUGACGAGACGUGGGGCUCGGCCGCCUGCCCCCCGUGUGGGCAGGAGUGGUGGAGCUGCAGCCCUGUGCACUUUGAGUUCUGCUCCUGCAUCCCCAGGAGGCUGUGCCGGGAUGGAACCCAGCACUGCCUGGACUGGUCCGACGAGUUCGUCUGCACAGCCUGAAUCCUGUCCCUGCUGGGGACAGCAGGGUGCUUCCCACUCAGCAGCCUCGGGGUCCUGCCCUGCCACCUGCUUGGGAAGCUCCAGCCCAAGCAAAUCGUCCCCAGCAGCGCAGUGACACCGAGCAGGG